AUGUGCAGGCAUAGUUUGAAAAUCCUAAAGGAUUCCAUGUUCGCUAAUAUAUUGCCUCGUCGAUAUAUAUUAAGAAAGUGGACUAGAAGUGUAAGAGAUGGCAGCUUGGAGGAAAAUCUUGCCGGUGAAGUGAUUGCCGAUGCUAAACCAAAAAUUGAGGUUAGGAGACGGCACAGGGUACUUUGUCGUAUUCUGGCUGAAAUUUCAUCCAUUGUAUCAGAGCAUAAGGAUGGAUACAAUGAUUUGUUAGUGAAAGCCAUGGAGUGGAAAAAAAUUGCCCAAUCAAGUUGUAGGCGUAGGUUUGCUAAGAGGAAUGCAAUUUAUAGUGGUGGUAAAGGCAAAAAGCAAUAUUACCGAAGCAACAUAAAUACUGACAAAAUCCCCAAUGGCCUCAAGUGUAAAGAUACACGGAAAGGAAAAUUUAAGUGGUUAAAACCGACCAUGGAGCUAAAGAGUCGCAAUAAGACAAAAUCAAUGAAAUGA